AUGCAGUAGAGAAUAGGCAGUUUGUGUUUGUACGCGACGACAGCGACUUUUCUUGCGUACAUUAAAGAAUAAUAAAAAAUACGUUUUCGUUAUCUUUGAGUCAAGUAAUCAAUAUUAAAACUACACCAACAUGGCGAAAAUGGCAUUUCAACAUCAGGCCGGAACGGCUAUGGAAUGUUUAAGCAUACCCAUAACGCUACAUAAGGAAAAGGAUUACGACCAGGAAGGCAGGGAGAUACUGAAGUGUGGCUUUAAGAUAGGAGGCGGUAUAGACCAGGACUACAAGAAGAGUCCACAAGGCUACACUGACUAUGGCAUAUACGUGACGGAGGUCCACGAAGGUAGCCCAGCUGCGAGGGCAGGUCUACGUAUACAUGACAAGAUACUGCAAUGUAAUGGCUACGACUUUACUAUGGUCACCCACAAAAAGGCAGUUAGCUAUAUAAGAAAAAAUCCCAUACUUAAUAUGCUGGUGGCACGCAAGGGCGUCACAUCUACAUAAUUUGAUCGGCUGGUCUCCAAACUUCAAAAAUCUACUAUCUAGUACUUCACUGCCUCUCAUUGAUACGGAUCUCUAACUAGCGCUCUCUUGGAAACUACUCGAAUACUUAUAUAUAUUUAAGCAUGUAUACUUAUUUAACCUUAACUUUAUGCAUAUCGCGCGCACAUAUAUAUAUAGCCAUAUAUACAAGACAAAACAUUUAGAUGCAAAUGUGAAUGUAGCACGUAGAAAAGCUUUUUGUUAAAUUGAUUUUCUUUGACUUGGUUUAAGUUGAUAGAUAAAAAAAUCACCCUUCUAGGUUGUUAUACGAUUGCCAAGAAACCGUGUAAAGAAAUUGCCAAAACAAAUAAGCCACAUGCUACAAACAAUCUAUAGAAAACCCAUAUAAGCCAUAACCCAAAUUCAGCAGGGGCAGAUUUCUAACCCCAUAUUAAAGUGUAUAAAGUAAAAUUGUCAUCUAAAUUCUUAGCCCGUAUUGAAUAGGGAAUCACACGCGUAGAUAUAUAUAAACAAUUUUGUACUUUUAUACACCAAUCCAGAUACAUACAUACAUAUAUAGACAUACGUAUGUAAGCAACAAACAACAGCUCUAAUACAAUCAGCAGCAUUCCAAAAAGAAAAACGCAUAGUUGUUGAAAACUAAAUAUUUCAUAAUUGUGAUAAAUGCCGUU